ACCAAAAUCCCUCCAUUCUCUCAUUUAUCCACUUCAAACUUUCUCACAUACAAAAGAAAAAUGUCAGCUCAAGCCUUGGCAGCUCCUACCUCUCCUCAAAAUUCAAUCUGCAAAGAUAGCCGUCCCACGUCUAGUUACCAUCCUUGCAUUUGGAGGGAUCAUUUCCUCAAGCAUUCCUUCAACUUCAUGAAAAUUGAUGCCAAAACUCAACAAGAAUAUGAAGAAGUGAAGCAACAGAUAGGGAGGAUGUUGUUGGAUGAUGCUACCAUUGAUCCUUCAAAGAAGCUGAGUUUGAUUGAUGCCGUACAACGUUUAGGCAUUUCUUACCACUUUGAGACUGAAAUCGAAGAUGCCUUGGAGAAGAUAUAUCUUGAUGGUGUUGAUUGUAUUGAAUCUGAUUUGUCUACAGUUGCUCUUUGGUUUCGAUUACUUAGACAACAAGGGAUCAAAAUCCCAUCUGAGAUAUUCAAGAAAUUCAUGGAUGAGAAAGGAAAUUUCAAGGAAGAUUUAGCAAAUGAUGUACCUGGAAUGUUGAAUCUAUAUGAGGCUGCACAUCUUCGUGUGCAUGGAGAAGAUAUCCUAGAUGAAGCCAUUACUUUCACUACCUCACAACUUGAAUCGAUGGCAACAAAAGUAAGCACUUUGCUUGCAGAACAAAUAGCUCAUGCCUUAAAGCGGCCUAUUCGGAAAGGCUUACCAAGAAUAGAAGCAAGACAUUACAUCUCUCUAUACUCAAGAGACGAUCAUUUUGUCUCCUCUAAUGCAACACUGCUUAAAUUUGCAAAGAUAGAUUUCAACAUGCUACAAGCAUGCCACUUAAAGGAGUUGAGCAGCAUUAUGGAGUGGAGGAAAAAAUUGGAUUUUUAUACAACAAAGAUGCUUUAUGCAAGGGACAGAGCAGUGGAGUGCUACUUUUGGAUCUCAGGAGUUUACUUUGAGCCCAAAUACUCCUUAGGAAGGACUUUUUUGACUAAAGUAAUAACCUUGACAUCCGUUUUGGAUGAUACUUAUGACAACUAUGGGACAAUUGAAGAACUCAAUCUCUUGACCAAGUGUAUUGAAAGGUGGGACAUUGAUGUUAUAAAUCAACUUCCAGAAUACAUGAAAUUGGUUUAUCAAGAACUUUUAAAUGUUUAUAGCGAAAUGGAAGCAGAAGUUGCAAAAGAAGGAAGAUCAUAUGCUGUGGAUUAUGCAAAAGAGUCCAUGAAACGGGCAAUGAAAUCUUACUUCGAGGAAGCCAAGUGGCGGGAAGAAGGCUACAUUCCACCCCUGGAGGAGUACAUGCGGACAGCUCUCAUAUCUACUACAUAUCCCAUGCUCAUAACAAAUUCCUUUGUUGGCAUGGGAGAAGUUGCAACCAAGGAAGCCUUUGAUUGGAUCUCUAAAGAGCCUAAAAUGCUUAAAGCUUGCACAAUUAUCUGUAGACUCAUGGAUGAUAUUGUCUCGCAUGAGUUUGAGCAAACACGAGAUCACGUUGCAUCCGCUAUUGAAUGUUAUAUGAGGCAGUAUGGUGUUUCAGAGGAAGAGACAGUGAAGUUGUUUCUAGAAGAAAUUGGCAAUGCAUGGAAAGAUAUCAAUGAAGAGUUCAUGAAACCAACAACUAUUCCUAUGCCUAUCAAAACUCGAGUUCUCAACUUUGCUCGGGUCAUGGAUGUCAUAUACAAGGAUGGUGAUGGCUAUACAAACUCUCACAUUUUGAAGGACCAAAUUGCUUUGCUGCUUGUGGAUCCUCUUCUUAUAUGAAGGAGUAUUGGUCCCCAUGCGCCUUUGGAAUUGAAAUAAAAUUAGUGGUUGUUGUGCCCACCAGAAAAAGUUGCGUCAGUUUUAUCUGUCUUUAAAUAAAAGUUAUGCAUCCAUAAUUUGCUGUACCAGUAGUAAGUGUGAACCAAAGGCAUGGCUGAGACCAUGAUUAGGAUCCUUUUACAGUGAUUCCUCCAUCCCCAAUUUCCCAUUGUCCAAAAAAAUAGAAGAUCUUAUAAUUA